CGGUAUGUCGCCGAAGUCCUCGACCUCGUCUCAUCCAACAAAGUCUACGCUGCGGCCUGUGCAAGAGCCAUCGGAAAAAGAAUAGGCCGGACUCGGAAUUGGAUUGUUGCCCUCAAAUCCUUGGUUCUUGUUCUUCGAAUAUUUCAAAAUGGUGAUCCAUAUUUCCCUAGAGAAGUCCUCCAUGCAAUGAAAAGAGGUGCCAAAAUACUCAACCUCUCGAGCUUUCGUGAUGACUCAAACACUAGCCCGUGGGACUUCACUGCCUUUAUUCGAACAUUUGCUCUUUAUCUUGAUGAGCGUUUGGAUUGUUUUCUCACCGGGAAACUCCAACGUAGAUAUACACACCGGCAGAGGGAGACAUCCCACCGGAGCCGGAGGCCAAACGAGCCCGUUCGUGACAUGAAACCUGCAAUGCUACUCGAUAGAAUUUCAUUUUGGCAACGUUUGCUUGAACGAGCCAUUGCCACUAGGCCAACCGGUGCAGCCAAGACCAACCGGUUGGUGCAAAUCUCUCUCCUCGCCGUUGUUCAAGAGAGUUUUGAUCUUUACAAAGACAUUUCCGAUGGGCUCGCGCUUCUUCUUGAUAGUUUCUUCCAUUUGCAAUACCAAUCUUGCGUGAACGCAUUUCAAACUUGUGUCAAGGCUGCAAAACAAUUCGAAGAGCUUGGUGCCUUUUAUACUCUAUGUAAAAACAUUGGUGUUGGGAGGACUUCUGAAUACCCAUGUGUACAAACAAUAUCUGAAGAGCUAAUAGAAACAUUGCAAGAGUUUUUGAAAGAUCAAUCUUCUUUUCCAGGGAAUGGUAGGUCUCCAAACCCACGUUUACUUCUUCCGGCGCCACCCAAUCCCGGGACAAUCUCUGGGCGACAUGACAGUUAUGGAGGGCAAUCUGAAUUCUCGGUGGCAACAACGAUGACAGAGGGAUAUUCAGAGAGGGGUUCUGAAUUUGGAUCACAAUGUACAUCUUUGGAGGAUCUGAUAAGCGCAACAGAAAGUGGGAUACAUACUCCGUCUAUCUCAAUUGAUUUGGAAGCCUAUUCGGACCAGUUUGAGAAAAAAUCACAAACUGAUGAAGCAUUUAGAUUGAGUGAUACAGGUUCUACUCGGUCAUUACCGAUGUCGAAUUCAAUGGCCGAUCUUGUAUCUUUGGGAGAAUGGCCGGAACAACAAGAAGAACAAGAACAAAAACCAGAACAAACACAAAAGAAAUUGAACGUAAAAUCAUCCAAGAACUGGGAGCUUGAGCUAGUAGAGGCCGUUGCACCAUUGACACAACCUUUGCCUAAUGUAGUCAAGGGUUUUGAGGCCUUGCCGGAAAAAGAACACAAGGUACAAGAGACGGUGGUGGUAGACAGUGCAAAAGCCGGUUGGGAGGUUGUGCUUUAUGAAAUGGCCGCAACACCAUCGACACAGACACAACCCACCCCCAAUGUACCCAACGUCUUGGACACUUUUUCUCUGGACAGUUUAUACAAUCAACCUUCAUUGCCAGCACAACAUUACAAUCCAUUUCUACAGGAUACACCUGAAUUAACCCCCACAUCAACUGUCGCCACCACCACCAAUACCACUGCUGCUCCUGCAGAUUUCCAGGCAGUGUUUCCAGCUGCUGACAUCCUUGCCACCACCGCUGCUCCUGCCAAUUUCCAGGCGGUGUUUCCAGGUGCUGAGACGUUUUCUUCGGCACCAACAUUUCAAGCAGCUCCAACCUUCUCAGCUCAGAAUAAAAAUGACACCACACUAGCAUUGCAAAAUGAGAAUGACCCUUUUGCGACGUGUUCCACUGCAUUGGCUAAUGAAGAAAUGUUUAACGGGUCCAGGAAUCAGCAGAACUUUUUGCAUGAACAACAGUUGUGGCUGCAGCAUCAGAACAAGAUCAUAGCAAAGCAUAUGGCUUGA